CAACUCAACCAAAAACAAAACACACACAAUAAACACAACACCACCUUCUUCUUCUUCUUCUUCUUCUUCUUCUUCUUCUUCUUCUUCUCAUUUUCAACUACCACCACCACUCCCAAUCAAUGAAUCUCUGGAGCGACGACAACUCCUCCGUCAUGGAGGCCUUCAUGACCUCCUCCGACUUAUCCUCCGUCUGGCCACCAGCGCCGCCUCCUCCCUCUCAAUCCUCCGUCGCCGUCCUCAACCAGGACACUCUCCAGCAACGCCUCCAGGCCCUAAUCGAAGGCGCAAGAGAGACCUGGACCUACGCCAUUUUCUGGCAACCUUCCUACGACUACUCCGGCACCUCCCUCCUCGGCUGGGGCGACGGUUACUACAAAGGCGAAGAGGACAAAGCCAAGGCAAAAGCAAAAGCCAAAGCCAAAGCCACCUCCUCCGCUGAACAAGAACACCGCCGGAAGGUGCUUCGUGACUUGAAUUCCCUCAUCUCCGGUUCCUCCGCCCCCGCUUCUGAUGACGCUGUCGACGAAGAGGUCACCGACACGGAAUGGUUCUUCCUUGUUUCCAUGACCCAGUCGUUUGUCAACGGCGGCGGGCUAGCUGGUCAGGCGUAUUUCAACUCCACCCCUGUUUGGGUCGCCGGCGCUGAUCGCCUCGCAGCCUCCGCCUGCGAGAGGGCCAGGCAGGGGCAGCUCUUCGGAAUCCAGACGCUCGUCUGCGUGCCGUCUGCAAACGGCGUCGUUGAACUCGGAUCCACUGAGCUGAUUUACCAGAACUCCGAUCUGAUGAACAAGGUGAAGGUGCUGUUCAAUUUCAGCAACAGCAACCUCGAUUUGGGUUCUUCCUGGACAUUGGGUUCCACCACCACCGCCGAGAAUGACCCUUCCGCCCUCUGGCUCGCCGACCCCGACCCUGACGGCAGAGAUUCCGUCAGCACCGUCGCUCCCACCACCGCUUCCGUUUCGAUUCCCAGCCACCACAACAACGAUCAGAGCAUUGCGAAGACGUUGCAGUUCGAAACCCCUGUUUCGAGUACCUUGACUGAAACCCCGAGUGCUGUUAAUCUCACAAACCAGCCAUCGCAGAACCAGAGAAACCAGAGCAGCUUCUUCUCCAGGGAGAUGAAUUUCUCCGAGUACAGUUUCGAUGCGAAGAACGGCAGCAGUAACCACCAGCAUCUGAAGCCGGAAUCCGGUGAGAUUCUGAGCUUCGGUGACAGCAAGAGAACCCCCAAUUUCUUCUCCGGCCAGUCGCAGUUCGUUCCGGCUGACGAGGAGAACAACAACGGGAAGAAGAGGUCACCGAAUUCGAGAAGCAGCAACGACGACGGGAUGCUUUCAUUCACCUCCGGCGUGAUUCUCCCGUCCUCGAAUUUGAAAUCCUCCACCGGCGGCGGCGAUUCGGAGCAUUCAGAUCUGGAAGCUUCGGUGGUGAAGGAAGCCGACAGCAGCAGGUUGGUGGAGCCGGAGAAGCGACCUAGGAAGAGGGGGAGGAAACCGGCGAACGGCAGAGAGGAACCGUUGAACCACGUUGAAGCAGAGAGGCAGAGGAGGGAGAAGCUUAACCAGAGAUUCUACGCGCUUCGCGCGGUGGUUCCGAACGUGUCGAAGAUGGACAAAGCUUCACUGCUAGGAGACGCUAUAUCCUACAUCACGGAGCUGAAGACCAAGCUUCAGAGUUCAGAAUCGGAUAAAACUGGGUUGCAGAAGCAAUUUGAUGCGAUGAAGAAGGAGCUGGAGAAAACCAGUGAACAGUCUUCUUCUCCAACUCCACCUCCACCUAACAAGAACAAGUCCUUCUCCUCAUCCUCCUCCUCUUCCAAUCAGAUUCUAGUGGAGGACAUUGACGUGAAGAUCAUUGGGUGGGAUGCAAUGAUAAGGGUCCAAUGCAGCAAGAAGAACCACCCGGCCGCGAUUUUGAUGGCGGCGUUGAUGGAGCUGGACCUUGAGGUGAACCAUGCUAGUGUGUCAGUGGUGAAUGAUACCAUGAUCCAGCAAGCAACAGUGAAGAUGGGAAGCCGCUUUUACACUCAGGAGCAGCUUCGAUCAGCACUCUCUUCCAAAUUUGGGGAUGCUCCUUAGCACCAUCCCCCUCUGUCUCUGUUGUGUAAAAUAACUUGUUCCCUUUUUGGUAGCUAGAGUACUGUGAAUUUUGUUUGAGGCAAGUAAUUUAAUUUGGGAGUUAAGCUGGAUGAUGGAUCUAGCUCAAUCUCAAUCUCAAUAUCAUGGCAUGUUUGGAUGAGCUUCGGUUUCAGCUGAAUCAAUUCUGAAAUUCGAAAGCUAUUCUUCCCAUAAUUGAUUCUGGCUACAGUCUCAAUUGGAGAAUGGUUUCCAAACAUGCACUCAAGCUCGGGACAAUUUCUCUUCUAUCAAAUGGAAGAUAGGUAGAUUUGAUGAAGUAAUUUAGUAACAAUAGGGGUAUUUUCAUCUGUCUGCUCUAGUCUUAGAUUGUACAUGUAUAUAUUAUGUAAUUAUUUAUGGAAGUCUCAUAAAUGUGAACAUGUUUCUUCAGAUUA